CCCUUUCGGUCCCUCUCCAUUUGUUUUUGGUUUUUUUUUUAGAACUUCAUCACACGCCAAGCUUUAGCAGACGCAAGAAUGAAAUAAAGCGCGAGAGGUAGAGAGUGACCGUUGAGUGGAUACAUCGUUUCCCAUCUCUCUAUUUGUUUCUCUCCACUCUUUUUCCCUAUCUUCUUUUUGGUUUCUUUGAGAAGCUUCUCUCUUCCUCUUCUUCUCCCUUCUUGAUCCCUCGCUGCCGAAGUUUGGGGACGAGAAGAAAGAAAUGAGGAGCUCCCUGGAAGCCUCGGACGUCUCCGGAUUGGCGCUUGGAGCGUUUUCCGAUUGGUGGACGGAGAUCAAUGAGUCGCCGCAGUGGCAGAACGGGGUGUUCUACUUCCUCUGCGCUGCCUAUGCCCUCGUCUCCGCCGUCGCUCUGAUCCAACUUAUCCGGAUACAACUGCGAGUGCCUGAUUUUGUUUGGACAACUCAGAAGGUUUUCCAUCUUAUGAAUGUCAUUGUAAAUGGAGUACGUGCGGUUGUCUUUGGAUUUCACUCACAAGUUUUUCUUUUCAAACCUAAAGUAUUCACUUUAGCACUAUUAGACCUUCCUGGGUUAUUAUUUUUCUCUACAUACACGCUGCUUGUUCUAUUCUGGGCAGAGAUAUAUCACCAGGCCAGGAGUCUUCCGACGGACAAGCUAAGGACUGUUUACAUCUCUAUCAAUAGUGUGAUUUAUAUUAUUCAGGUUGGUAUAUGGACAUACCUCUGGAUAAAUGACAAUAGUGUUGUGGAGUUAAUUGGAAAGAUCUUCAUAGUAGUGGUAUCAUUCUUAGCUGCACUUGGAUUCUUGGUAUAUGGAGGAAGGCUAUUUUUCAUGCUGAGGCGUUUCCCCAUUGAAUCAAAAGGGAGAAGAAAGAAGCUUCAUGAGGUCGGAUCUGUUACAGCAAUAUGCUUCACCUGCUUCCUCAUAAGAUGCUUUGUGGUUGGGUUAUCCGCGUUUGAUCCUGAUGCAUCUCUUGAGGUUUUGGAUCACCCAAUUUUGGACCUCAUCUAUUACACGCUGGCUGAGAUCCUUCCUUCAGCACUUGUUCUAUACAUCCUCCGCAAACUUCCUCGUAAACGAGUGUCAGCACAAUACCACCCUAUCCAGUAAUGUCAUUGAACAUCUGCAGCAAGGAUGUUAGAUCUAUCGAACUGUUCGUGGCAUGGUUGGAACUUGUGGGAGCUUAGAUGAAAGACUAGAUUUGGUGUUAAGGCUUUCUGCCAUGACUUUCUUUUGUGACUUCCAAUGUGUUGUUUUAUGGUGUAGGUACUAACAAGCCCUCAUAGUAACAUUAGUUAGGAAAUGUGGUGUUGGAAAUAGCAAACCAUUUUAGAAUAGAAUGGUUUGAUUUGUUUUAAUAGAUGACAUAUAUCCAAUCAUGGAGUAGUACUUGUCAGGAAGUAUAGUGCUGAAAAUGAUUGUUCAAUUUUAGUUUAGUUAGUUCCAGUGAUACGAGUAAUUUUAUGUGCUA